UUUACCUUGUCCGUUCUCAGCUCGAUUUAAUGAAAUUCAUAUGUUCGAAUCUUCUCGAUGAUGUAUCGAAGGGACUUCAAAGGGAAUACUUGUUUAUUUUGUCCCUCGCCACACAGUUGUAUGUGAGAAGAUCCUUGAAGAGGAAAAUGUUUAUAAUUUGAUGACUAUAGGGGUGUACCCAUUGUACAUAGUUCCAUUGGACGAGGAUGUAUUAUCAUUUGAACUCGACCUUGCUUAUAAAGAAAGCCAAGUCGAUGGUGAUACAAGCUCACUUUGGCAUAUCGCUAAAGCCAUUCGCAAGCUUGAGUUUUCUUUUGGAGUGAUACCAAACGUGAGAGCCAAAGGCAAAGCAUCAGUGCGUGUUGCAGACAUUCUAAACCGUAUGCAAGCAGAGGAACCUGUUAACUCACCUGAUAUGGUUGUGCCAGAGAUAAAUACACUCAUCCUUUUAGAUAGGGAGGUUGACAUGGUUACUCCUAUGUUGUCUCAAUUAACAUAUGAGGGGCUACUUGAUGAGUGUCUGCAUGUCAAUAAUGGUUCUGUGGAGCUGGAUGCAUCUAUCAUGGGUCUCCAACAAGAGGGAAAAAAGAUAAAAGUUCCACUUAAUUUGAGUGACAAGCUGUUUAAGGAGAUACAGGAUCUCAACUUUGAAGUUGUCGUCCAGAUUCUACGUCAGAAAGCAACAUCCAUGAAGCAGGACUACACAGAAGUGACAACAACUACACAGUCAGUUUCUGAAUUAAAGGACUUUGUCAAAAAGCUGAACUCGUUGCCAGAGAUGACAAGGCACAUAAAUCUUGCUCAGCAUCUGCCGACAUUCACAUCAAAGCCAGCCUUUCUUGGGCAACUUGACAUGGAACACACAUUGUUGAGGCACAGAGUUAUGACAUGAAGGGAUGGCAUAUGAUUUGAUUGUUGGGACAACCAAAAUUGUCAGUGGGCAUAGCUUAGCUGAAACUUUUGUAGAGAGGUUGGGCUAAGGUGAAAAUUUUUGUUUGUUUUUUCUUUUUCUUUUUGUAAAGUCUUACUGGCUAUGAGAGUAGAAACUGAGGGUUGUUGGCCUGACUUGAAGCCCAUGUAGGGCAUGUUGAACUGAUUAUAUCUGUUAGCUUGUUGAGAGUAGCGUGUACGGUUUUCUGGCUUCACCUUUUCUGUAUUGAUUUUGUGAGGUCAAAUCCCAGCAACCCUUUGAAGGAAUUAUUUGGUUUGAAUUGAAAGAGAGUAUUUCCACUUA